AUGGGCCGCGCUGCGAAGCUCUGCAAGCGUACAAAAAAGGCGCCUUCUACUACGUCAGGCGCUUCAAAAAACUCCACUAGUGCCGCGCCUACAUCGAAACCCAAGACGAAGGCUACGGAGUCCGCCGUUGAACUCGCGCGAAAGCAAGCGGGCUUGAAGGCCAAAGCCGCCGCGUACAAGCGCAAGCCCGGAGCAGAGGGUCCGGUUCUGGGAGGCGCCGACUAUGUCAGUGCUAUGUUCGGUGGGAGAAGGAGGGUGAGGGAGGAGGCGGAGAAGAUGCCGCUGGAUGAUGAGUAG